CAGGGCGCGGCGCACUCGGGCGGCGGCUGCAGUAGUGGCUCCCGCUCCCGCAGGGCGAGUGCGUGGCGUGGCGUGGCGUGGCGUGGCGUGGCGUGGCGUGGCGUGGCGUGGCGCUGAGCCAUGGGUUGCUUCUUCUCCAAGCGGAGAAAGCAGGCCAAGGAGCUGAAGCCCAGCGCGGAGCAGGGCGGCGCUGGGCCGCCGGAGGCCGAGAAACAGGCGCAGUACAGCUGGGACCAGCGAGCCAAGAUUGAUCCUAAAGAUUACAUGUUUUCUGGACUCAAGGAUGAAACAGUGGGACGUUUGCCUGGGAAAGUUGCAGGGCAACAGUUUGUUAUUCAGGACUGUGAGAACUGCAAUAUCUACAUCUUUGACCACUCUGCUACGAUCACCAUCGAUGACUGUUCAAACUGCCGAAUCUUUUUAGGGCCUGUAAAAGGCAGCGUGUUUUUCCGUGACUGCAAAGACUGUAAAUGUAUAGUGGCUUGCCAACAAUUUCGUACUCGGGACUGCAGGAAGAUGGAUGUAUUUCUCUGUUGUGCUACUCAACCUAUUAUUGAAUCUUCUACAGGUAUGAAGUUUGGUUGUUUCCAAUACUACUAUCCAGAACUGGCUUUGCAGCUAAAAGAUGCUGGACUGAGCAUCUUUAACAACACAUGGAGCAAUAUCCAUGAUUUUACACCAGAUACAGGAGAGAACAACUGGAGUCUUCUACCUGAGGAUGCUUUAGUUCAGGACUAUGUACCACUACCAACUGCUGAAGAACUGAAAGCUGUGAGAAUUUCAACAGAUUCCAACAGAAGCAUAAUUCCAGUAACACAGGGAAGACGUCAGAAACUCAGUGAAGAGUCCUGCCUUGCAGUAUUCUUUUCUGGGGAUUAUACAACCGCCAAUGCUAGAAAGUUAAUUGAUGAGAUGACUGGCAAAGGGUUUUGGUUGGUACAAACUAAAGAAGUUUCAAUGAAAGCUGAUGAUGCUCGGCGAGUGUUCCAGGAAAAAGCAUCUGAAUUUAUCCCUUUACUUGAAACUGGUCCUGUUGUUGCCUUAGAGUUCAGUGGAGAUGGUUGUAUAGUAGCCUGCCAAGAUAUCGUUGUUAAUGUCUUCAGUGGAGCUAAGGUCUUUGUAUCAGAGGACAAAUUAUCUGCAUCCAGAGAAGUAGACAGCUUCUAUAACUUUGCUGAUAUGCAAAUGGGAAUGUGAAAUAAGCACAAACAUUUUAUUGAGACAUGAUCAUCUCAGUGGUUGAGAUGUACAUCAGGUUUAUCUAGCAUUCUGAAUUAAUAGCCAAAUGUUUUAAGGAAGGUAAGAAUUUCUUGCCAUUGAAAACAUUACUGAAAUGGAAUGCAUCCUGCAAAUAGCAUACAACUCAAUACCUUUGCAUUCCUUUUAAUGUCCAUCCUGUUUCUGUCCAUUGUUGCAUAUGUGUAAAUGUUAUGAUGAGCAAAAUAUUUCCACCAAUUACGGUACAUUUGAUAGCUCUGUGAAAGCUACAAAGCUGGUACAUAUGCACAUUAGCUUUAGUUAAUAUUAAACUGAUGUGCACUUUUACUUCUGAAUUAACCUAAAUUCACCUUUUGUAGGCAUUAUUCUCUUAUGGGUGACCAAUGGCCACCAUUUGGCCAAAGUUACAUUUGUCAUGAUUUUCAGUGGGAAAAAUCUAAGUUUCUAACUUUAGCUGGAUUGUUUUACAUGUUUACUCUGCAUUUUAUAAUCUUUACUGUUUAUAAUCUUCUGCUCUCAGAUUGCUGUUCUAGACCAAUAUUCAAUAUCUAGCAAGUUGAGUGAUUUAGAUAAACUUGAACAGAAGUAGGGUCUGUACAAGCAUGCAGAGUUAGUGCUCCUGAAACUGAUGCAAACAACCAACAUGGAGACCUUUAGUUCUUGCUGCUGUUUGAGAGUCUUGCUUUUGGAUUCUUAUAUGAGGUGUCUAAGUAUUUUGAAUUUUUAAGAAGCAGAAUUUGUAGAAAUAAAAGGCUCAUAUCUUUGAUUCCUUCCUUAUAUUAAAUCCAAAGUAUAAGCAUACAACUCCUACUUCUGGGUGUUCAAAUCUACCCUGAGAAUUUUGUAACUGUCAUUAACUUGGAACAAAGAGAAUCAUCUAUAAACUUCAAUUGUGCAGAUGACUAGGUAUCAAAUGUUUAAGAAAUAAGUAUUUGUAGGGCUUUGAGAUGGUUUAGGAUAGCAAAAUAAAAUUGAAGACCAAGCUGAUAAUGCAAUUGGUCUGUUUCUAAGUGCUUGAGUCAAGUCCCUAUUUCUUAGCCAUGCUGAAUGUUGAUGGCAGCUUGCUUUAAUUAAACUGAGUAAAUAUAGUACUCAAGGAUUGUAACUGUACUGAGGUUUGUAGAAACUGUGAUGUGUUACACAAACAGUAAAAAAAAAAUCCGCAAUCACUGUUUAAAUAUUUGCUAUGUGUAAAUAAGGCAUUUCGUCAUAUAUUAGCACUUUUAUGCUGGAUAAACGCUACAGAUUUUUUUAUUUGAGACUUUAGCAGGAAAUCACUUCUAAAAAAUCAGAAGAAAACCCUGUUAUGUUCAGGGAGAGCUAAUUUGACUAAUCAGGAAUUUUUUAUGACAAUUGUUCCUUUUUGUACUGUCAAAAUUGAAGGAAUCUACAUAAUUUCUGAAUAUUUGUAAUUAAAUACUCCUUACCUUACCCAAGAAUAUGGAUUUUUCCCUAAUAUAAAAUUGAUUAGUUAUUUCUUUACUAUCAUAUUACAGUAGGUGCUUUAUCAGGAUUUUGUAUGUCAUGGCUUUUAUAUGCUAUUGUCUAGCACUUGUGAAAUGUGGUUUAUAAUAAAUAUUUUAAAAUAACCCUGA